UGCUAAUAUCAUUUUGUGUUGAUUCCUUACCAGUUUCUGUUUUCAAAUUGUGAAAUGCUGGACUUACUCGAUCAGCCCUAGAUAGAUGAAAGUCGAAAAUUACCGAGUCUAAGCGGCUCUCAUUGUGAAACGGAAAGCUCCGAAUGAGGUGUAUCAAGUGACCACAAAGCGCAGGUACGAGCGAGCUUAAGCUUGGAACAACCUCCAAUAUUUCAGGAUCGCUCAUCUUGGAGCUCCUCAAUCCAAUUAUUCCAAGAUGGUUCUCACCGAAUUGCCUAAUGAGAUAUUCCUCUUGAUCGUAGAUCAGCUGGGUCCUAAGGAUCUAAUUCUUCACCGUCGUGUUAACAAGCAAUUUCACACGGCCUUUACGGAGAACGAGCUCAAUUAUCACUUUCUGCAACACCAUUUUCCCAGAGUCAAGGAAUUGAGACACGUCGAAGAUUGGAGAGCACGUACAGAUUGGUCGGAACAAUUCUCGAGAGUAGUCAGACGCUAUCAUCACUUACAAUCGGGCCGGCCGCGAGGCAUUGAGAUAGCCGGUCUAGGGAAAUCUUUCAUAGCCCCCACAUGGUCCCGGUCAUACCCAGUGGUUCCAUGGCGACGACAUUUACAAUUCGAAGAGAAGACGGCUCAAUUUCAUUACCCUGAUACGUUAUGGACCUACGACGAUGGACUCCUGGUCUUCCCGUCUGCAGAGCUGAAGAGUUAUGCUGUUUAUGACCUGAGUGCGAGAAUAUUAAACGAGAUUGAUAUUGAUUCGGGAAACAAAAUUGUCAGAAGAAUCAGACUGAAGGAGAAGACUCUUAUCAUUGAAUGGUGCGAAACAGAACCCUACCACCAACUCAACGAAUAUGAAAAGGUGCACAGGCAUUUCACGACUUCUUAUGAUAUAUGCUUGGACCCAAGGACUGGGAAAUACCAAUCGAUUUUCAGGUUCAUUCUCUCAUCUCUAGGUCUCCUAAUAGGCUGGACUAACAACGAAUAGGAAUGAAUGGAAGAUUCAUUUCUUGGGCUUUCCAUUGAAUUCAAGAGAUCGUUUCUACAGCACCCAUAACAAAAAUCACUACGCAAUAUACAUAUGGCAACCCAACCGGAGCGCUUGGGGAGAAGACGAGCCUAUUGAAAUGUUAGCGAUCUGGGAUAUAUCACGCCCAUCAGCUUACCGUCCAAGUACUGACCCAACCGGAAACUGCAAACCGGCAGACGAAGUCGAUGGACCUAAUAUAAUUCGUCGCUUCACCUUUCUGGAUCUAGGUUUCUAUGGAAUCAGACAACGCUCGAGUCCAACUUUCCGAGCGCUUGAAUUGGAUGAGAACCACGUCUACUUCAUUUGCGAGGAUCAUAGAUGGCUUGUUGGGGCACAGUCUAGUGAUAGACACCCUCGACUUCAUAAGGUGAAAAGUACAGGAAUACCUUUUGGAUCUGGACCGCAUUGGGAAGACGAAUGUGGAGCUGAUGGUGAUGUCAAUCUGUCAUUCUGUGAACGCAAUUCGGAUGAUAGAAGUCCUGGGACAGCGCCAUGUUGGCGACACGAGGUGAGGACUUGUGAGAUUCGGUGCUUACUUCUGUACCCCCUUCGAUUACUAUUCAUAUCUCUCGCGGAUAAGCACAUUUAUUGAUCGAGAGAACAUAAAGUAAUCGAGAGACCUAGUCCUCAGUUCUUCUAAACCCUGAACACUAAUCAAUACUUCUCCCUAAAACUGUUACGGGCACAUAAUCAAGCUUCUUACCGCAUAUAUACCACAGAGUGCUAACGAGAAUCAAGGAAUUCCCAUAUCUGACCAUCACCGAAGCAUUGGACGCAGAGGCAGGUGUCAUAUUUAGCGCAAGACACUGCUUCAUGCUCGAAACAAUAUCCAUCAACAUCAAACCCAAAAUCAAAAUGAUCGGUCCAGGUUAUGAGAUUUCUCUAAGAGAUGGUCUCUGGCAACAAUUACUUGGGAAAGGAAAGAUUUGUGGAGACGAAAGAUGGCUUAUUGGGGAGAAUACGCGGGAUGAGGUUGUCAUCUUGCAUUUUGAUCAGGAGGGUGGGAGUGAAGGUGGGAUUUCUGCUAUGGAUCGUCUGGCGAUUUGAGUGGUUUACAGUUCACAGGACUUUAUUGUUAUGCAGCAUUGUUGAGUUAUGCACGUACUCGGAUGGUGAAAAUAUCUUCAUGCACGCUCCCUUUUAGUGUCAUCCUUCAUAUUGAUCAUCAACUUUUAAG